AUGUCCCGUACCCUCCCCGAAGUCCAACCACCACCGUACCCUAUAGCCAUCCGCCCUGAAAGCAUCACACGACUCCCGGUGAUAGUGACUGUCACCAACCGCCCGGAGCCAUGGCACCCCCUCGAUUACUCCAUCGAACACGACGGAAUCGAACUAUUCACUGUCCGCGGCCAACCCUGGAAGAUGAGCCAGGCACGCAUGUUCCACGACCGCUCAGGACUCCCCCUCUUCAAGCUCCGCUGUCAAUGGUACGACUCCUCGUCGCUGUGCCUCCGGCUUCCCGGUGGGACGCAGUGUAUUCUCGAAGCAAAGUUGCGGGUUGCGAUGAACUCGCCCAGGGCGGUUGUGACGUUCCGGAACGCUGCGCAGCAACCGAGGUCAAGUGGGCCGUCUGCUCAAAGCGAAGAGGUCGUGUUGGAGGUGCAUGCGCAGGACCUUGAUAAUAUCCUCCAGGUGGUGGUGGUUCAGAAUCGCAAUGUGGCGUACAUCAAUCGUAUAACGGAUCGGAGUGUACUCGCCGAGGGACAACGGCCUCCGUUCCGCUUCAGACCCAAGUGGACAGUUCGAGUUGCGGAGGGGGUGGAUCUAUCCUUGAUAGCGGUUGUUGUGGUCAUUGUUGGUCAGCGAGUCGGAUCAAACCUAGCGGACGGUUGA